AGUGCGGUGCUGGUGCGCAUGCGGGGUAACGGGACUGCCAGUCCGAGGGCGAGUGGGCAGCGCCGCGGGGUCCAGGGGAGAGGGGGCACUGACGCCACAUGAGUUCCGGAGGUUGGUGGGGCCUCGUGCCUGCUUACGCCAUCAGCUUCUCCGGUAGAGAUGGUCCCCGAAGAGAAUGGCCCCUCAGACAGACACCUCUUAGAAGAGGAAGGGAAGUCAGUAGACCCAACUGAAUGGAGCAUCACUGACGUGGUGAAUUACUUUAAAGAGGCAGGAUUUCCUGAGCAGGCUGUUGCUUUCGGGGAUCAAGAAAUCGAUGGGAAAUCUUUACUUCUGAUGAAGAGGAACGAUGUUUUGACAGGACUAGCAAUUAAAUUGGGCCCGGCGCUAAAGAUAUACGAAUACCAUAUCAAGGUUCUACAAUUGCAUCACUUUAACAAUGAGGCACCUUCGUGCUGAUCAGCUUGUGCCUCUGUUAGCAGAGGUUUUGCCCUGUUCAUCUGGCUACUGUCUGCACACUCUUCACUACAGUCUCACUUCGGUCUACUCCCAAACUAAAUUCAUCCUAUUUAAAAUGGCAGGAGGACUGCCACCAGGAAUAAGAAGUUUAUUUAAGAAAAACGUUGAGUUUCUAUAGUGUUUGGGAAGUGUCUAGCACUAUUUGUCCAACCUGGAACUGGAGUUAUAUCUUUUCCAUGCUUGGCAAUGCUCCCUGCGUUGGGCUGUUGGUGUAAUCUCGUUUUUUUGCCGAUGGAGUGGAAUUACCCUAUGGGCUAAUGUGAGUGUGCUGUUCUGAAACUGGGUGAAACACUGUUCAGAAGUAGAAGAAUGGCUGUUCUGCAGGACCUGAUCUUCAUCCUUCUUGAUCCGUGCACAAAAGGCAGCGUGAAAUGCACUUGGAGGAAUUCUCCAAAUGAACCAGAAAGCCCAACAGAAAAUGAGCAGAUGUUCAGCCUAUAGUAUCUAACAGUUUCAGCAUUUUCCUGCAGUCAGGCGGCAGCUGACAGUCCAGUUGUAGCUUCCUAAUAACAGGAAUACCUUUCAAGCUGAAUAUAAACAUUUUCUUCAUUGAGCCUACAAGUUAAGAUGUGAUGAGAUUGUUACAAACAGUUUAUCUGUGCUUUGUCUUCUGAUCUCUACACCACCUUCAGUUUGUCACUUUGAAACUUUACUUCGAGUUACUAGGUUGUCACUGGUGUUUCGUGUAUAUUUUUAAAGAUUUUAUUAUAUUAGAUGUGUGUAUAUUCCAAAAUUUGAUGAAAGCCUUAAAUAGAAAUCCUGAGAGCAGGGGUUAUGACUGCUUGCUCUCACAUGCAGGACUGUGUGUUUGUGAAUGAAUUUGGAGAAUUUAAAAGAAAUAUAUUUAUAUUAUAAAUCUUGCUUCUGCUUGCUCUUUUUCUAUUAUAAAUUCUUUUAUCUGUACUCUCAAUGGAUACUGGAUGAGUAAAUUUGUCAGAUUAUAUCUGCAGCCUUUGUUAUGUUUCUGAGCUACCACUUGUAGGGGUAUAAUUACAUUAUAUUGUUUACAUUGGCAGUUUCCAUUACAAGGCUGGGUGUGCAUAUUUAGCAGACUGGGGACAGGACGUACACAUUUAAAAUGGGUACAGAGUUUUUCUUCAUCCUGCUUCAUCUGAAAAUAUAUUCAGUCUUGAUUUGCAACAUUGCAGGAUGUUCAUUUGUAUAUACCUAAUCAAACUAGUGGGUUAUCAGCUUGGAGUUUGAAUACAAUAUUGCUCUGUAAAUGUGACAGCUUUAAACAAUUUCUUGCUUAAAAUUCAUUUCCUAAUAAUUUUUGGAGCAAAACUUAGAAUAGAUGAUCACAAGAUUUCUUUUGUGAGAGCUUUCAACCAGUUAAAAUGUGACUUAGCUUUUCAAUUUUGUAAAUGUUUGCAUUUUUUUCCAAAACCUUUUGCUGGUUCUGUAUCAGUUUAAAUGUGUCUGAGCUGACUGAUUUGUUUUCAUUUGCAAUUCAGUAGGUGCCAUUUGAUAGAUCUAUUACCUUUCACAGUGUCAGAAUUUGUUUAAAAAUUAUUAAACCAGAAGGUGCCUUUAGUCAUAGCUGAUGAAGGCUGAGGAUUAACAGGGUACUUCCCCACAUUAGAUUUAACUAUAAUUCUUCAGAAAAACUCAUGUCAGAACCACUUAUUGAAAGAAAUAAAAAUUAGUCCCAGUUUAUGUUGGUCAUUAUUCAGUUGCAAAGAUUUAAUUGCAUUAAUGAUAUGUAAACAGGAAGUAACAAACAGUCUGCUGGAGGAACUCGGAGACUCAGGCAGCAUCUGUGAAGGAAAAGGAAUUACUGACAUUUUUGGUCAAAACCCCACAUCACCUAUCCUGAUACAGAGUCUUGACUCAAAAUAUUGACAGUUCCUUUCUCCGAACAGGGGUGGCUCAGUCUGCGGAGUUCCUCCAGAAGGUCAUCUGCUAUUCAGAUUCCAGAGUCCGCAGUGACUUAUGUCUCCUCAGAAAGGAAGGGACUGGUUUCAGGAAGAGCCUACAGCAAAGUCAUUGUGCCCCUUUGCAGUGUGUACAGGCAACACACCUUUGACUAACUAUGUGUGCCUUGAAGGCUGAGUGCUUUCCCAUUCUCACAGAGGAACACAAGGAGACAGCUUAGGCUCUUGGGUCUGUUCUUGCAUUUAAUUUUAAAUGUGGCUGACCUGUGUCUUAAACUUCCAAAUGUGUGCCUGAGUUCUGACCUCAAUAUCCUUCUCCACUAAACUUGUCAAUCCUUGUCUUGAAAUGAUUGAGUGAUUCUCAAUCUCAUAGCCGUGAGAGAACCCUAGAUCUGCUCUAUUCUAUAGAGGUGUUUCCUGACAUCACUGCAGAACAGCCCAGCUGUAACUUUUAAAGUUUUGUCUGUUUGUUCCAGCCUGUGCCAACAGAGAAAAUAAUUCCAGGUGUAACUACUAAGAUGGGGAAACAUUGCAAGGCUAAUGCAAAGAAAGUCUUGCACACUUUGGGAAUCGUUGAAAAGAAAGAGCAAUUAAUGAGAAUGAAAUGGAGAACCUCUCUACCACCACUUGUGUGCAUCAUGAACUUGUUUCUAGUGUGGGUCGAUAAUAAUUCAGCUUUCCCUUUGCACUCCACAUUUGCUUCGUGAUUUCCAGAAUUGUCUUGCUCAGUCGGUUCUGAUACUUGAACUUUUAUUGAAGCAGGGCCCCAUUACAAGCACCUAUUUUCCACUGAGUUUAUUUGCUCAGAGGUGCUGUGAUUUGGCAUUAAGUUUUCAGCCUAUGCAAUGCACCUCCAUAUGGAGAUACAAGGAUGGCUUAGAGCCAUUCAGCUGUGGUCCCGUUUCCUGUUUGUGGGACUGAAUUCCAGAUUGAAUCUGAGCAAUCGAGCCUUGGUAUCCUUUGUGCAAACAGCAGUUGUCAGUGCGCUUUACAGAACUUUUUAGGUGUUUGAAUUAUUUGAAUUUAUAAUAAAUAAAAGCCAUGUGUUUUAAAUGGAAUGCACAAAAUGGGUAAAUGGGUUUUUAGAGUUUAUUCUUGCUAAUUGAGAUGCUUUAAGCAAUAAGGAACAAUAUGAAAAUAAAAUGUGUAAUAAAAUUGAUUCAGAA